UGAAGCAGGAAACGUUUGGGACGUGAAUCGCUGAUCGCCUCAAAUGCUUCUUCCUCCUUCGUCAUUUUUGAGCACAUUGGCUUCUUCGCGGACCACACUUUGUUUUAUCAGCCUGUUCAUGGGCUUCGCAGCAGCCUCGGUCGCUCACCUGUUAUUGAAGGGUAUUUCGCUGCACCACACGAUCGCAUAGCCGUCCAUUUCCCUUAAUCACUCACCCAACCACUGGCUGGUCCGCAUUCAGCCAGCAUGGCCGCCAUCACAACGACCGUGCGCGUCGGCACAGUCGAGCAGUGGUGCAUCCUGCCGAAAUGGAGUCCGUGGGAGGUUCAGGAGUGCGCGGCCCAGUUCGCGACCAAGACAGCCAGCGCGGCGGCGGCGCCGGCGGCAUCCGACUUCUUCAACGUGUGCUGCGAGGGCACCAUCAUCAGCAGGAGCCGCUCGCUCUUGCUCGAGGCCAUGUAUGCCGACGCGAGCAACGCCUCGCAGUGGGAGAUGUGGCUCGACGACCUCGUCUGCUGCAACGCGAGAGGGUCCAAACAAUCCGCCUUUUUCGGCGCCCCAGUAAACAUCCACGACGGCAUAGGCACGACCUGGACAGCCGGCACGCCGACGCCGCUCGCCAGCAUGGCCGCCAUCAACACGGACAACGCGGCCUUGUAUACCUACACGUUGACCGCGGCGCCGCCGCCGCCGGGCGUCUCGUGUGACCCGGCCGCCGUGUUUGGGUGCAACGACGUGUUUGGCGCGUCGGACAGCAUCUGGACGGGCACGCCGUACUGCAUGUGGAUGAACACGGCCCGGUCCAGCAACGCGGUGACGACCAUCACUGUUCCCGCAGCAGACAUCACGACAGUGGCCACACCAACGCUCAUUGAAUGGGGCAGCGAUGAUCAGACCUCUUCCCGAAGCACAAGGACUUCGUCGAGGACAACAACCACAGAGGCUUCGAGCGAAACCACCGCGCCGCCUUCGCAGUCAUUUGCGUCAACUACAGCACCACCAUCUGCUACAACAUCGACGCCCAGCUCCGCGCCCAUUCGGACUUCUUAUUCGCACAUGCUGCUGGGGUGCUUGGCAGUCGUUGCCAUCGCACUUGGUGCGUAGAGACGAAACUGUACGAUCAAGGUAGUGUUCGGAAUCAGGCGCGUUAUUGACUAAAUACGGUUUCAUGACACAGGAUCCUCGCGACGAGGACCUAAUGGGACCCCGGUAUGAAGAUAGUUUAUUGUAACUCUUUGUCCUUAUAUCGUUUCGGAGAAAGGCGAGGGGCCCAUGUGCUGUCAUGUGCUGAUGAUUGUUCGGAUCCCUCACUCGCUGCUCUCCAUGGGACCGGCCGUCGAGCUCAGCUUCGUACACAAUAAGUUGCCCAAUUCACGCGAAAUGAACUUCGAGUUCCGGAACGACUGGAAAUGAUCUUCAUGCAUAUGGAGUCGUCCGGUUACGCGUUGCCACAAUGUUGUGAUGCUUUCGGGUUGGGCGUUGGAAGCGACGGCAGGCUGUGAAAUAUUCGUCGACUGAAUUAAUGUCGUCCCUCGUGUCCACGAGCUUUACAGCU